CCCUGCCCGGUCCCUGCCCGCUGCUGCGGCCGGAGCCGGCCCGAGGGCAGGCGGUGCCCGCGGCGCUCCCAUCCCCCCCCGGGCCGCAGGCGCCUCUCGGCGGGUGGUGGCGGCGAUCGUCUUGACUAACAACAUUCUCAACUUCUAAGCCAAACAUCACUGAAUUAAGAGCACAAAUGGCUGUUUUCCAGUAGUGGACAAGUGAGGGAUCACAUCAAACCAACCUGCACCAGGUCAUCUGCUCAGUGUGGAGCUGUGUGAAGGCUAAAGGUACCGGUGUCGUGUUUUUACAGCACCUGGAUGCUUAACACCCUACGUCUGCCAAAACAUGAAGACCAAAAGCAAAGGGAAGAAGCAAAGGCGUGCUGCUGAGAGAGAAGCAUUUCCUGAGGAGUCAGCAACGAGAAAGAAAGAGCUGGUGAAACGUUUGCGGCACAAGGAGAGGAGGAGCGGGGGGGACAAGGAGAGUGGCAAGGUCUCUGCAGCUGGAGCCAAGCACCCUUGGAGCAACAAGGAGCGGCGUCUGAGGAGGCUGGAGAGCAACGAGCGGGAGAGGCAGAGGAUGCACAAGCUCAACAACGCCUUCCAGGCCCUGCGGGAGGUGAUCCCUCACGUCAGAGCUGAGAAUAAACUCUCCAAAAUAGAGACUCUCACACUGGCCAAAAACUACAUUAAAUCCUUGACUUCCAUUAUACUCAAUAUGUCCAACGGACACUUUCCAUCCACAGAAGGGAUGGGGGCAGCCCGGGGGCCCAAACUGUACCAUUAUCAACAGCAACCUGGGGAGGAAGAUCCUGAGGAGCAUCUACAGAAAUGCUCCGUGUAGGUUCAUGG